GCCACGUCGUGAGGCGUUCAUGCAGGUAAGACGUUGCUCUCACGACGCCUUACCAUCCGCAUUCGUGCCUAACCAUAUGGACUAGAAAGUAUGCCUUGGCUGUGUACGAUACUCGGAUCAUAUUUUUACUACCUACUUACCCAAGAAUCCUUUUGCCUUUCUUAUUGAUCGUCAUCUUUUUGGCUUACCAGAGAACCGAAUUACACCGCACGCUAUGAGUAUCCGAUAGAGUUCUCGAGCAACCUCAAGUAAAGAUGUCGGGACCGGAUCCGGAUAGGUUUCAGCGAGCGCUCGAUCGCUUUAGAGCGAACCUUUCCCCAAGUAUGAUUAAUGAAUUCUCUAACUGCACUCUUCGAGAUGUCAGAGACUUCUGCGACAAUAUUCAGCGUACUCAGGGACGAGAAGGAAAGCUUCGAUACAUGGGACGGCUUAAAGCCUUCAUCGAAGCCAUGGAAGAGUUCGGUAAAGUAAUUGAAGUAUAUUUGAAUGCAACUACUAUUCUAUGCUUCGUUUGGGGGCCGAUGAAAUUCCUCCUCGGUAUCGCGAAGACCUACGUGGAUUCUUUCGAUAAGCUGCUGGACGUAUAUGCCGAAGUAGGAAGAGCCAUUCCUGGUUUUCUGCAUUACCAGGCAGCUUUUGAAAAACACCCUCCUCUAGCCACUGUCCUCGAGGACUACUAUUCAGACAUCUUAGCCUUCCACCAAGCGGCUCUAUCCGUCUUCAAGCGGUCCGCAUGGAAGCAUAUAUUCCAUUCUACCUGGAAAACCUUCAACACUAAAUUUGGGCCCAUUCUCCACAGCCUGUCGAAACGACGCGAACUGCUCGAAAGUGAAAAGUCGUCGGCAGCCCUUCUCGGGAUCGAACGAUUGCGCCAGGAUUUCUCGGAUGCGUGUAAAAAGCAUGCACGUCAAAUAGCUCAAGUGGCCGACGAAAGGCAUAGACAGAGGGUAUCUCACAUCUGUGAAAGGCUGAUGCCUCCGAAUUAUCAGAUUGAUCAAGAAAUGUCUACGGAGGAUAGACAGGGGCAAAACUCGGGGAUGUGGAUAUUUCAAGAUCCUAGUUUUCGCGCUUGGUUCAGCAACGAUAACGAUAUUGUUAGACACGGCGUCUUAUAUGUGAACGGAAUACCCGGUGCCGGCAAAACAACUCUGAUGUCUGCCGUCGUCGCGAGACUCUUGGAUUGCGUCCGUCCUAAGGAAAACGCCUCCGUGGUCGCUUACUUUUACUUCAAGCAAAAACAACCAGACAAAGAGUCACACAAUGGUCUUCUUCGAGCAAUUUUGGCACAGCUUAUCGAUCGGGAUCCCACCAUAGCCGACCACUUGAACGAGAAAACAUCGUCCAUUGAAGGAACCAACCUCCGGGCUACCGGGACACUCGAGAAGUUGGUUAAGACUGCUCUCGAAAAUUUCCAAAUCACCUACAUCGUGCUUGAUGGCCUGGAUGAGUGCGCUCCAAACGAAGCUGAAAAGUCCGUCAGAUGGUUCCUGUCCCUUAUUAAUGGGGGGUUGCAGGAGACCGGUGUAGCAUUGCGCGUCUUGUUCUGCGGCCAACGAGACGGUACUCUAGACACGCUACUCGCAGACCAACCUUCCAUCUCGUUGGAGAAGUCUGGCCACGUUAAGGACAUCCUUCAAUAUUGCCGGGACUUUUGCCGGAAAAUACGAGAAAAGUUCGACAUUUCGUUGGAAAUGGAAAAUGAUAUCAUCCAGCGUGUUACGAACGAAGCACAGGGCAUGUUUCUGUACGCGCGAGUGGUGCUGGAAAAUCUGCUCAAUCAAACACAACUCUACCGCCUACGACAAGAGAUGGAGCCGGGUACCUUCCCUCAAGGAAUCGAUAAGGCAUACGAAAGGGUAGCUGUGCGGAUCUUUCAACAGUCAUCCGAGGCUGAACAGGAGGAUGCCAAGAGAAUGUUGGGAUGGAUUACUUGUGCCAGGCGGCUCCUCCGAUGGCGCGAGAUCCAGUCCCUCUUCUGCAUCGAUCCAGUCGAGGGGGUUGUUGACUACGAGGGACGAAGGCUCAGGGUCACUAUGACAAGGGGAUAUGCUUAGAAUAGGUUUAAUUCAACUAAUAAUUCUAUAGGGGGUCUCUUAGGUCCUUAUCCUCG